AUGAAAUUACAAGGAAAUGCUCUCUUUGGAGCCGUGACAGCCUUGACGGCGCUUGGCUUCAUGCAGAUAGGAUUUGACAACGGCUUGAUGGGAGGUCUUGUGAAUCAAACCGCCUUUAAUGAUACCUUCAACUCGCCCUCCCCUACUAUGAUUGGUCUUAUAGUCUCCAUUAUGGAAAUCGGUGCGUUUUUAGGAAGUAUAUGCACAGCAGUUGUUGGGGAACAACUUGGACGCAAAAAGAGUAUUGCCAUUGGCGUUAUUUUGCUGAUCACGGGCUCUCUUUUACAAGCUACGGCUUAUCAUCGAGCCCACCUUAUUGUGGGGCGCGUGGUCGCUGGCAUUGGUCUUGGCAUGGUGAACUCGACAGUACCAGUCAUGCAGGCUGAGUUUGCUCCGAAGGCUUCCCGAGGCUUGUUUGUCUGUAUGCAGAUAUCAACCCUCAAUCUUGGGAUCCUCUUAGUGUACUGGAUCGAUUACGCCUUCUCCUCAGGUGACGCUAGUUACUCCUGGCGUGUACCAGUUAUCCUUCAGUGCGCAUUUCUGCUUCCUAUGCUUCUAAUUCUACUCGUCGUGGAUGAAAGCCCUCGGUGGCUCGCGUCUCACGACCGUCAUGACCAGGCUUUGGAAGUCCUUCGCCGCUUGAACCACGGAAAGAUGCCCGACUCUGAUGUACUGGCCCUACAUGAAGAUAUAAUUCGCACCGUCGCCGUCGAAAAGGCAGUGGGAGCUGGAUCUUGGAAGGACCUUCUCAAAAAUGACAAGAUCCAGAGCCAAAGGCGAUUCUUUAUUGCUUGUGGCAUACAGAUCUUCCAGCAGCUGGGCGGUAUCAACGCCAUCAUUUAUUAUUCUGGGACAUUAUUUGAGAAAUCUGUUGGCCUCUCAAAGCAUAUGUCCAGUUUGAUGUCAGGCUUUUUGCAAACAUGGUUUUUUGUCGCCUCUUUUAUUCCGUGGUUCCUGAUUGAUCGCAUCGGUCGACGUCCACUGCUGCUAUCUAUGGUUUCAAUCAUGGCCGCAGUGAUGGUUGUGCAGACGGCUCUUAUUUACCAGGUUCAGAAUAACACGGCAAUUGCCCACGUGAGUGGUAUUGCGGCAGCAGCCAUGUUGUUCGUUUUCCAAGGAGCUUUCACUAUUGGGUUUCAAGCAACUGUCUGGGUCUAUCCCUCAGAAAUCCUACCUUUAAGACUACGGCAGCGUGGUUCAUCAAUAAGCACAGCUGCGAAUUGGAUUUGCAACUACCUUGUCGUGCAGGUCACGCCGUCCGCAAUUAGCAAUAUAGGAUGGAAGACGUACAUCAUCUUCGCCGUCUUGAAUACUCUCUGGGUUCCGAUCAUCUACUUCUUCUUCCCAGAGACCAAAGGCCUUCAGCUUGAAGAAAUUGAUCGGCUCUUUGCUGGCGAUGACGAGCAGGUGACAAGAGAAUUGUUCGCGGCUAAGCAUAUGGUUGACCACACCGAAAUGGUUCGAGACGAAGGGGCUUAG